AUGGCCAAAAACAUCGGUGAUGAAUUCACCUGGGCCAAGGAAGGCAUGGAAGACCUUCUCAAGAAUGAUUUAUGUGUCAAGUACAUAACAUCAGAUCCUGACAGCACGAUAUACAAGGCCGCAAAGUCUUUGCAUGCUGAAGGCAAGCUGCAGGACAAACUGAGACAUUUUCUCGACACACGGCAUCUUGCCGAAAAUAGUGGGACUCCACUACCAAAUGCUGGGGGUUCACACACAGCUUGGUAUGGCAGAGGUGGCUACAUUCUACAUUGUCACGUGGAAACUGACUCAGAUGAUGACGGGGCCAAGGUUAAUCAGGUGAGCAGUGAUGACAGGGCCAAGGUUAAUCAGGUGAGCAAUGAUGACAGGACCAAGGUUAAUCAGGUGAGCAGUGAUGACAGGGCCAAGGUUAAUAAGGUGAGCAGUGAUGACAGGACCAAGGUUAAUCAGGUGAGCAGUGAUGACAGGGCCAAGGUUAAUCAGGUGAGCAGUGAUGACAGGGCCAAGGUUAAUCAGGUGAGCAAUGAUGACAGGACCAAGGUUAAUCAGGUGAGCAGUGAUGACAGGGCCAAGGUUAAUCAGGUGAGCAGUGAUGACAGGGCCAAGGUUAAUCAGGUGAGCAGUGAUGACAGGGCCAAGGUUAAUCAGGUGAGCAGUGAUGACAGGGCCAAGGUUAAUCAGGUGAGCAGUGAUGACAGGACCAAGGUUAAUCAGGUGAGCAGUGAUGACAGGGCCAAGGUUAAUCAGGUGAGCAGUGAUGACAGGGCCAAGGUUAAUCAGGUGAGCAGUGAUGACGGGGCCAAGGUUAAUCAGGUGAGCAAUGAUGACAGGACCAAGGUUAAUCAGGUGAGCAAUGAUAACGGGGCCAAGGUUAAUCAGGUGAGCAGUGAUGACAGGACCAAGGUUAAUCAGGUGAGCAGUGUGGCCUUUUUUAAAUUGUAG